AUGCUGCCGCCGAUGAUUCUGCCGCGCGCGACGCAGCCAGCGGAGCCCGAGGAUGAGCCGGCGGGCCCUUCGGCGCCGCAGCGCGCUGCACGUGCUCCCGCGCAGGGCAAGCGCAAGGGGUGGGUGCCGAGGUCGCAGGCUGACUUUUGCGACGGCGGCGCGUACCCGGAGAUCCACGUCGCUCAAUUCCCGCUGGAAAAUGGGGCCCAAGGGCAAGGCCGCAAUCCCCAGCCCCAACGGUAA